CGGACACACCUUCAGAGCAAAUUUGAGUCUGUAUCGUGCCUGCUCUCACUUUCACAAGUCUACCAGUGCUGAGACAGUGUUGAGUUUCCUGACAGGGAGUGAGGGAGGAACUGAAAUCAAAACUUCUCUUCUUAAAAGGUAAAGAGGGAGAAGAUGGUUCACCACAGAGAGGAGGACCUGAUCGGAAUUCCCUUCCCGAAUCACAGCAGCGACGUCCUCUGCAGCCUCAACGAGCAGCGUCGUGACGGGCUGCUCUGCGAUGUCAUCCUCAUCGUCCGCGACCAGGAGUACCGCACCCACCGCUCUGUUCUGGCCGCCUGCAGUCAGUACUUCAAGAAGCUCUUCACAGUGGCCACCACUGAUGGCGGAGAUCCCAAUCACGCUGCAGCUGUGUACGAAAUUGACUUUGUGGCUCCUGAGUCUCUCACAGCCAUUCUUGAGUUUGCCUACACGUCUACUCUGACUGUGACGGCGUCUAACGUCAAAGAGAUCCUAACCGCGGCUCAGAUGCUGGAGAUACCCUGCAUCAUCAACGUUUGCCUGGAGAUCAUGGACAGCGGGGGUGGCGGUGGUGGAGGCAGGAGAGAGGUGGAAGGGGAAGAAGAUGAAGAGGAGGAGGAAGAUGAGGAAGAGGAAGAAGAGGAGGAGGACGAAGAGGAGGAUGUUGGGUCGAGAAAGGACGAGCACGAGGAAGAGGAGGACAAUGUCAGUGAGAGGUCACUGCAGUCGUCGGAGAGCAGAGGGGAGCAGACGCCUCUGGGGAUGGAGGAUUCGCCGCCUCCGAGCACCUCCAAGUACCACCAGCAGUUUGGCCUGCACAGGGAAAUGCCCCAGUCGCAGUCUCCAGAAUCCAUGAGAAAGCAGGAGGGUAUUGAGACUCGAGCUCUGAAAGAUUUCUCCAUAGAGUCUCUCCUCCAGGAAGGGCUAUACCCCCGCAUGCCAACACUGGACAGGAGGUCCAGCUUUUCUCCUCUCCUCCCAGGCUUCUACCCCCCAAUGUGGGCUGCAGAGUUCCCAGCUUUUCCCCAGCAGCUCCUAGACCCAACCCACCAUCCCCACGCGAGAGCUUCACCGCAAACCAGGCUCCCCCACAGCUUCCCUGCCUCCGCACCACUUGAACCUUCCAGACCCCUCGAUCUAGCUGUGAAACGAGAGAUCAUAAAGGAGGAGAUGAAAGAGGAAGUCCCGCCCAGUAUGCUCCAAGGUGAAUUGCUGAAGGAGUUUGUCAGCUCGAGCUUGGACAGCGCUAUGAACGCAGGGUCGGUGCCAUCAGAGAAUCACCCGCUGAGUCAGAUUAAGGAUGAGGCAGACUUUCGAUCAUACCUGAGUUUUCUGAGCUCUGCGUCCCACCUGAGUGCGCUGUUCCCCCCCUGGCAGCUGGAGGAAGAGAGGAAGAUGAAGCCCAAAGCGUCACAGCAAUGUCCAAUCUGCAACAAGGUCAUUCAAGGAGCUGGGAAACUGCCGCGACACAUGAGGACACAUACAGGGGAGAAACCAUACAUGUGCACAAUCUGUGAAGUACGAUUCACCAGACAAGACAAGCUGAAGAUCCACAUGCGUAAGCACACAGGUGAGCGCCCCUACAUCUGCCUUCACUGCAACUCCAAGUUUGUCCACAACUACGAUCUGAAAAACCACCUGCGCAUCCACACGGGCGUCCGUCCCUAUCAGUGCGAACACUGCUACAAAAGUUUCACACGGUCCGACCACCUACAUCGACACAUCAAGAGGCAGAGCUGCAGAAUCUCACGCCCCCGACGAGGACGAAAACCAGCGGCUUGGCGGUCAACACCUACAAGCAACUUCUUGUGUCCCCCUACUGCUGCAACCAACAGGUUUGAAGAGAACAGGUUAAGCCCUGCAUACCAGGGGGUCAAGAGUCACGGACUUGGGGAGUUGCUCAGCCUCGGGAACAGGGGUCAGGGGUUUAAGAGUGCGGACGCUGCUGGCAGGGAGAGCAGGGAGGAGCUGCGAGGAGAAGGGAAGCAUGUCACAGAGGAGGAGAAGGCGGGAGCGGGGAGGCAGAGGGGAGUGUUUGCCUUUGCCCUGGCUGGAGAAGAAGUGCUUACCCAAUCUCCAUAUUAUGCUGCGACCUCUAACCCCUGGGCCAUGAGACUAGAGCGGGUUCCACCCAUUCCCGAGCCGGCCAAAUGAACACUGGUCUGUAGAAGACAAAAGAAAAAAACAAAAAGCAAAAGAAAACAAAGAAGAUGUUUUUAAUCUCUGUGUCUCUUCAGCUCCAGAAAGCUAAAGCACCUUUUUACACAGAGAGAGAGUGACAUCAAUUAAUCAUUUGAAGCCUGCUGAUGUGGCAAAAAGACAAUGUGGAACGCAAACACCAGUUAGAUAAUUAAAUCAAAGACAGACUUUUGUCACCUUGACAUGAGUAGUUCAACACAGGUCUCACUAUUCACAUUAAUUACGGUUCUCUUCUAGUGUGACUAGUAACACCCGUGAGCGGCUAACCGUACGAUGCCAUUGCCGACCGCGAUAAAAAAAGGUCUAUUUCUUCAGCCCCGUGAAUGUUUACAAAUUCUUUCAUAGCAUUUACACAGAAGCAAAUAUUCUGACUCUGUUUAUGAGGAAUGCUGUUUCAUACGUGUAUAUUAUUUGCAUUAUUUAUUUACAACACUGUACAAAAAAAAAAAAGGUUUUCAUUUAAAAAUGACAUAAUUCCAUUCCUCUGAAAUGAAAAAUGAGGCUUUUAAAAUGCCGAAUGCAAACACAUGAUCUCCUGUACAAAAAAAAAUUGAUUUAUUGGCAAAAAUGUUAUUAUAAUAUUUCAGCCUCCCAAGAGAAGAACAGUUAAGCAGAUGUAAUUAACACAAAAGGAAAAUGAAAUAUAAAUAAAUAAGUAAAUAAAUAAACCUUCACUGAGACAAUUCCGUUUUAUUUUAUUUAGUUGUGUUUACGUGUUGGAAAAGAGCAGCGCUCUCAAAAUAAAAGCAUUUAAAAUGCUUUGAUUCUUUAUUAUUUUAUAGUUUUCUAAAAUAAAGGGAGCCCACUUGAAGACUUAAUCAGGAGACCGGAUAAUGUGCUAUUAUCCCUCCACCGCCUUCCUUCUCAUUUAAGCUCUUUUGUCUGCACUAUUGUACAUAUAGACCCAAACUUUUGGCCAUGGUGGUGUUAGUUACGGUUCUGUUGCUGAUGUUGUAAAAAAAAAAAAAAAAAGAAAAAAAAAUGAAAAGUUCUUUAAAGACUAUGAGAAUUC